AUGUUCGGUGGAGGGUAUGGCUGGCCCUUGCGAGGGUACCAGAUCCGUGUCUCACCGGGAGGUGCGAUCACCACCCUUCUAGAAGUCCAGGGCCCAAGACAUUUCUCGAGGCCACUAUACCCUGGAACGGCUGCCGUUGCAGGUCCUUGUCAUUUCCCCGAUGCACCAAGGACAUCUCUCAACGGAUCUUUGCCGAAGCUAGGCUUUGCUUAG